AUGGAUAAACAGGAAAAUUAUGUAAUUAUUGACACCGACUGUGGGAUAGACGACGCGUUGGCUUUGAUGUUGGCCUUUGAUUGCCAUAAGAGAGGAUUAAUUGAAAUUUUAGGCAUUACUUGUGUUUACGGAAACGUUUGCGUCGAUAAAGUGGUCCGAAAUAAUGUUAUCAAAGUAUUCAAAGGCUGUGAAAAUCCAUUGAAAGAUAAGGUAGGCUUUGAAGACGGCUUUAUGGGCGUCGACGGACUCGGGAAUAGUGUGCACACAAUGCCCGACAUUGAGGUCAAGUUUGAUGGCGAACACGCGAUUCAGGCACUCAUCAGAUUAGCCAAACUCUAUCCCAAACAAAUAAGUCUGUUAACCCUGGGUCCCCUCACCAACAUAGCAAUGGCCCACCAAUUGGAUCCACUCUUUAUGAACAAUUUGAAGCAAAUCGUAACGAUGGGCGGCCUCCUCGACACGCUGGGCAAUGUCGGGCCCACCACUGAAUUCAAUUACUUCAACGAUCCCGAGGCAGUACAUGUGGUGUUGGCCAAUAGCCAGUGCCCAUUGACUAUUGUACCCUGGGAUACCAGUCUCAAACUCAGGAUGCCUUGGAAAGAUUUUGACGAAAUUAUAAGCGAUCGCAAAGACAAUGAGAAAUCAGAUUUCAUUUAUAAAAUAUAUGAUAAUAUGACAAAACAUCAUGUUUACGGUCGGUCAGGUAAAGGUGUAGUUUUAUGUGACAUUUUGGUCGUGCUCACGAGUCUGUUCCCACAAAUGGCAACAUUAAGUAAUGAAUACCCGGUAGCCAUAGAAUUGGCCGGACAUCUAACUCGAGGACAGUUAGUAACCGAUCGCACGGGACGUACAGAAAGGAAAAAGUUUUCGGGUCAUAGAAAGGCUUACUUUCUGCUGGAACUCGAUGUCUCCAAACAAGACAAACUAAGACAAUAUUAUAAUCUUUUAGGAAGUAGUGCCUUUGGAAUAAAGCGCCUGCAGAAGAGAAGUAGCGGUCAAUUGAUUGCGUUAAUUAGGAACAGAAGGGGUUCCGACUCUUCUAAUAAGAGGGCGAUAGAGAGGGCGGCCGAGAGAGCGGCCGAGAAAGCCGUUGAGAAGAAGUACAGGAAAAUUACUAAAAUAUAUUUGCGACAAACAGACAAUGAAUUGGUGCCAAUCAUCGGGACCAUACAAAAGCAAAAAACCGAAGGGGUGCUAAUAAUGAGAGAAAAAACAAGAAUCAGGUGCAGAGGACGGCCGGCAAGAGAUAUAGAAGUUGUGGUUCUGAAGAAGAUGGUGGCGAUGAUCAUCAUUCGGGUGAUGAUGACGGCGAUACAACUCACGAACACGUACACGUCCACCACCACAGACAUGUGCAUGUUCAUAAACAUGAACACCAACAUCAACAUGAUGAUCAAGAUCAUGGCCAUUCGUCAUCCACUGUAA